CGGCGGGGCGGGCGCUGGGCCGGGCGGGGAGCGCGCUGAGGGCUCCGGGCAGCGGCAGCCGCGGCCCUCCCCGUCCCCGCGGCACCGUCCAGCGAGGGGAAGCGGCGGGGAAGGAAGGGCUGGCCGAGCCGCCGGGCUGAGGGGCUGCCUGGCCGGCCAGCCCGGGCCGUGGUCGGCGGCGCUUCGCUCGCAGCGUCCCGGAGCCUGCAGAGCCUUCAGCCGGCCCCUGAAAGGGCCCGGCCCUCUGGCCGAGUAUUGCAGAGAAAGAAAACAUGGCAAGCACUGCUAUUGAAAAGAAAGAAGUCACUAGAGAUCUAGACCACUGUGAUAUUCCAUACUAUGUUUCUGAAUUUGUGGAAAGAGAACUUGGAAAUGACUGUGAUUCCCUGGGGAAGCUAGGCAGCCUGAUUGAAAAGCUAUCUGAAAACAAAAAGCACUUAGAAGAACAGGUACUAACAGUUUCGUCAGAAGUCCCUAAAAGAAUUCAGAAUGCCUUAAAGAAUGCAGAAGAUUCCAAAAAGUCUCUGAGUCAGCUUCUAGAGGAAGAAACUGUUCUGUCUGAGUCCAUCAAUAGCCACCUGCUGAAAGCUCAGCCCUGGAUGGAGGAUCUGGAUGUGCUGAUCGGUCAGGUAGAGGAGAUCGAGCGACACCUGGCCUACCUCAAGUGGAUUUCUCGCAUAGAAGAGCUGAGUGAUAGCAUUCAGCAGUAUCUGAUGACCAACAAUGUUCCAGAGGCAGCCAGUACUCUAGCAUUCAUGGCAGAACUGGAUAUUAAACUUCAGGAAUCAUCUUGUUCUCAUCUUCUUGCUUUUGUUAGAUCCACUGUUAAAUUCUGGCAUAAAAUCCUUAAGGACAAAUUGACAAGUGACUUUGAGGAGGUGCUGACACAGCUCCGCUGGCCCUUUGUGGGGCCACCUCAGUCCCAGGCAUUUGGCCUUGCUGCAGCAGCCAGCGCUCCUGAGGUGUACAACAACUUGGAGAUGCUGUUCUGUCAGCUUCUGAAGCUGCAGACCUCAGAUGAGCUGUUAACCAAACCUAAACAUUUGCCAGAAAAGUACUCGUUACCCCCUUCACCACCAAUUGUCCUUCCAAUACAGAUCAUGCUGAAUCCUCUUCAAAAAAGAUUCAAAUAUCAUUUCACUGGAAAUAAACAGACCAAUGUUCUUAACAAGCCUGAGUGGUAUUUAACACAAGUACUUAUGUGGAUUGGAAAUCAUUCAAAGUUCCUUGAUGACAAAAUCCAGCCAAUACUGGACAAGGCAGGAUCUUCAGUGAAUGCUGGGCUUGAAUUCUCUCGUGCUCUAGUGAUGCUGAUUUUGGAGAAGUUGGCUACUGAUAUUCCCUUCCUGUUGUAUGAUGAUACACUCUUUUGUCACCUUGUGGAUGAGGUACUUCUAUUUGAGAGAGAGUUAUACAGCGUUCAUGGUUAUCUCAGCAGCUUUCCCAGUUGCAUGCAUAUUCUCUCAGAAGAAUCCUGCUUCCAAAGGUGGCUAACAGUGGAAAAAAAAUUUGCUCUUCAGAAAAUGGACUCUAUGCUUUCAUCAGAGGCUGCAUGGAUAUCACAGUACAAAGAUAUCACUGAUGUAGAUGAAAUGAAAGUUCCAGACUGUGCUGAAACUUUUAUGACUCUCUUGUUAGUUAUAACAGACAGGUAUAAGAAUCUUCCAACAGCUUCCAGAAAACUCCAGUUCCUGGGCCUACAGAAGGAGUUAGUUGAUGAUUUCAGGAUACGAUUAACUCAAGUCAUGAAGGAAGAGACAAGAGCUUCCUUAGGAUUCCGAUACUGUGCAAUCCUUAAUGCUGUUAACUAUAUAGCAACAGUGUUGGCAGACUGGGCUGACAAUGUAUUCUUCUUGCAGCUGCAGCAGGCCGAGCUAGAGGUUUGUGCAGAAAGUGACAGGGUGAGCCAGCUCCAGCUGGGACAGCUGGCAUCCAUGGAGAGCUCUGUCUUUGAUGACAUGAUCAACCUCCUGGAGCGCCUGAAGCACGACAUGCUGACGCGACAAGUAGAUCAUGUCUUCAGAGAGGUCAAAGAUGCUGCAAAGCUGUACAAAAAAGAGAGGUGGUUGUCUUUACCCUCCCAAGCAGAGCAAGCAGUGAUGUCUUUGUCGAGCACGGCGUGCCCGAUGUUGCAGACACUGCGAGAUCGUUUGCUACAGCUGGAGCAGCAGCUCUGCCACUCACUGUUUAAAAUUUUCUGGCAAAUGCUUGCUGAGAAAGUGGAUCUGUACAUCUAUCAGGAAAUCAUUAUGGCAAAUCAUUUCAAUGAAGGAGGAGCAGCACAACUCCAGUUUGACAUGAGUCGGAAUUUGUUCCCCUUAUUUUCACACUACUGCAAGAGGCCAGAAAACUACUUCAAGCACAUAAAAGAAGCCUGCAUUAUCCUGAACCUGAAUAUUGGCUCUGCCUUGCUUCUGAAGGAUGUCCUACAAUCAGCUUCAGAAAAUGAAACAUUAAAGCCAAGCCAGCCAUCUGCAACAGCAGCACUAAAUGAACUUGGAGUUUAUAAACUGGCUCAAAGGGAUGUUGAGAUUCUUCUCAAUUUGAGAGCUAGUUGGCCAAAUACAGGAAAAUAAAGACUUCUUCAGAAAUGGUUAAUAACUUGGUCUAGAUUACUUAUUCCAAGCAAAAGCAAAGCAAAUAUCUUGCAAUAUAUUUGUUUCUUUCAUUUCUGUAUGCUGAGAGAUCGCUUUCAUCUAAUUUUACACCUUAUUCUAUACAGUUUUAAAAAAAAUUUCAAAAUGCUGCAGACUUGGUGUUGAACUGUGCAGAUCUUAUUUUCCAAGGCCACCUUGUCACUGCAUUUGGAAGCUAAAACUGUGUUCAUCUCUAAUGAAUAGUCUGCCUUGUCAAUGUUUGCUGUAUCAUUCCAAGGAGCACAGAGUAUUUACAGUGUAAAUGCAUUUUUCUACAAUGUGGGCUAAUGUUCCCUAUGAA